GCGGCGGCGGCGUGCAUCCCAACGGCCUGUUCUCCGGGUCGCACCCGCAGCCGCCGCCGCCCCCCCCGCAGCAACCGCCGGCCCCCCCGCAGGCCUCCCACAUGGAGGCCGAGCCCCCCGACUCGCGGAAGCGGCCGCUCGAGACCCCCACGGAGGCCAUCAGCACCAAGAGGAGCAACACGGGAGAGGACGGCGAGUUCUUCCUGAAGGUCCUGGUCCCCAGCUACGCCGCCGGCUCCAUCAUCGGCAAGGGCGGCCAGACCAUCGUGCAGCUGCAGAAGGAGACCGGAGCCACCAUCAAACUGUCCAAGUCCAAGGACUUUUACCCAGGGACCACCGAGCGGGUGUGCCUGGUGCAGGGCACCGCCGAGGCUCUCAACGCCGCGCACAGCUUCAUCGCCGAGAAGGUGCGGGAGAUCCCUCAGGCGGUGGCCAAGUCCGAGGCCGUUAACAUCCUGCAGCCGCAGACCACCAUGAACCCCGACCGGGCCAAGCAGGCCAAGCUGAUCGUGUCCAACAGCACGGCGGGCCUGGUGAUCGGCAAGGGCGGCGCCACGGUGAAGGCCAUCAUGGAGCAGUCGGGGGCCUGGGUGCAGCUGUCGCAGAAGCCGGAGGGCGUGAACCUGCAGGAGCGGGUGGUGACGGUCAGCGGGGAGCCGGCGCAGAUCCACAAGGCCGUGGACACCAUCGUGCAGAAGAUCCAGGAAGACCCUCAGAGCAGCAGCUGCCUGAACAUCAGCUACGCCAACAUCACGGGCCCGGUGGCCAACUCCAACCCCACGGGCUCGCCCUACGCCAACUCCACGGACGUCCUGCCCGCGGCCGCCGCCGCCGCCGCCGCCGCCGCCGCCGCCACCGCCUCGGGCCUCCUGGGCCACACGGGGCUGGCGGGCGCCGGGGCCUUCCCCGCCGCGCUGCCGGGCUUCUCGGGCAGCGACCUGCUGGCCAUCAGCACGGCGCUCAACACGCUGGCCAGCUACGGCUACAACACCAACUCGCUGGGGCUCAACUCGGCCGCCGCCUCGGGGGUGCUGGCCGCCGUGGCCGCCGGGACCAACCCGGCCGCGGCGGCGGCCGCCAACCUGCUGGCCUCCUACGCCAGCGACGCCGCCGCCGCCGCCGCCGCCGCCGCCGCCGCCGCCGGCCCGGCCGCCCCCGCCGGGGCCGUGGGCGCCUUCACCCUGGGCUCGCUGGCGGCCGCCACCGGCGCGGCCAACGGCUACUUGGGGGCCGCCUCGCCCCUCGUGGCCGGCUCCUUCCUGGGCCCGGAGAAGCUGGCCGCCGAGAGCCCCAAGGAUCUCGUGGAGAUCGCCGUGCCCGAGAAUCUGGUGGGGGCGAUCUUGGGCAAGGGGGGCAAGACGCUGGUCGAGUACCAGGAGCUGACCGGAGCCCGCAUCCAGAUCUCCAAGAAGGGCGAGUUCAUCCCGGGCACCAGGAACCGCAAAGUGACCAUCACGGGCUCGCCGGCCGCCACGCAGGCCGCCCAGUACCUCAUCAGCCAGCGCGUCACCUACGAGCAGGGGGUGAGGGCUACAAACCCCCAGAAAGUGGGCUAGGGCGUCGGGCCCCGCCCCCACUCCUCGGGGGGGAGGGGGGGGGUCCGCCCCGCUCCCCGCUCCCCUCGCCCG